GGCCUGAGCAAGGGCUACGGCUUCAUUGAGUUCUCCAGCCCAUCCUCGGCCGCCGAUGCUACCAACAAACAAGUGCACACUCUUGAAGGCAUGAACUUAACUGUGCAACCACAAAAUAAUUAGAUAUUCUGUAGAAAGUAGUUAGUUAUUAGUGUAUUAAAAAUGGCAGAAGCACUAUCUGAAUACCCAGACUCUGACUUUUCCGAUGAAGAGCAGUCACCUGAAGAUGAAGCAUUUAACAAAGCCUCAGCCCACGUCCGCACCAUCGUGACUAAGCUGAGUGAGAACCAGCUGCUAGAGCUCUAUGGACUCUACAAGCAAGCCACUGAAGGAAGGAACAUCACUUCCAAGCCAGGAUUCUUCAACAUGCAGGGCCGAUACAAGUGGGAGGCCUGGAAAGCCCUUGGAGACAUGCCACAGGAAGAAGCAAGAGAGAAAUACACAGAAUUGGUCCAAAAACUAGACCCAGUUUGGGCCAAGAAUGAACUGUCUGGUCAGAAGGGCAAGAAAGACACCUGGGUGACCGUGUCCACACACCAAUUCUCCCCAGAGCCUGAUGUCAUAGCUGAUGAGCUGUCUAUAUUGGAAGCAGCUAAAGAAGAUUGUGCCGAGCGAGUGACUGAGCUAUUGAGGCAGCAUCCAGAGCUGAAGCAUGAGAAAGACGAGGGUGGCCUGUCCGCCCUGCACUGGGCCGCUGACCGCGACGCCACGGCUGCCCUGAGCGCGGCUAUCAAGGGUGGUUGUUGCGUCGACGCCGUGGAUGAAUCUGGACAGACGGCCCUCCACUAUGCUGCCUUCUGUGGCAAUGUCAAGUCAGUGAAGAUCCUGCUGGACGCGGGAGCCUCUCCCCUACUGGCCGACAAUGAUGACGAGACUCCCAUCACGCUCGCCGCUGAUGAAGAAAUCCGGAAGUUACUUGAAAGUGCUGCUUAGUUCACAAAGACUAUCAUUGCCACUUUUGUAGAUUCAUAUGGUAGGUAUAUGUUUUUAGUUAUUUGGAAUAAAUGUUCAAAUAUUA